CAAGAGUCAGUCCUUUAACCGACUCAGCCACCCAGGCGCCCCUCACAAGCAAGCUAUUGCAGCCAUACCGGUUUUGAGGCUUCCAAACGAAUCUUGAGUUCAUGAUGAGAUCCAUCAUAAUGAUAGCUAUCACUUUUAUAGCAGUUAUGUGCUAAGCACUGUUUGGGCACUUUCCAUGUAUUAACCUACUUAAGUUUCCACAACAAUCCUAUGAGGUAGAGAUUUGUCAUUAUACUCAUUGUACAAAUAAAACGGAUGCAGAAGGAACUUAAGUAAUUUGCCUGAAGCCAGAGAGUAAAUAGCAGAGAUGCUCCCCAGAUUCCGUUGCUCUUAACCAUCUGCGAGACUGUCAAGACUGAAUUAAAACAUUUUAAAGAAUGCCUGACCCCUCACUUUAAGGAAAUAAUAGUGUUUUCAUGGCGUCUACACUCUGGAUAGUUUUCCUCUUGUACCAAGCCAAAAACUAGUGCCACCCUUCCAGGCGUCUUCAUUUCUAUCUUCCUUUCCAGUCUGGCUUCAAGUCCCUCUAUUUUCUCCACCGGCCGGAGGCUUUAGUUUGGGAAGUAACCGUCUCCCAGGUGGAGUUGUUCUAAAUUUCUGACGGCCAAUAGGCGCCGAGGCGCCUCGGAUCCAGCCCAAUGAGGCUCAAAGCUGAGCCAUGGGAGGGGCCAGCGAAGGGGGCGGGAACGGAGCCCCCCCCUAGGUGGUGCCUACUGUGUGCGGCGCCAGCUUCCCUGCGCGGAGCCAUGAGCUGGACCUGCCCGCGUUGCCAGCAACCCGUUUUCUUCGCGGAGAAGGUGAGCUCCCUGGGCAAGAACUGGCAUCGCUUCUGCCUGAAAUGUGAACGCUGCCACAGCGUCCUGUCCCCAGGAGGGCAUGCAGAGCACAACGGGAGGCCGUAUUGCCACAAGCCAUGCUAUGGGGCUCUCUUCGGACCCAGGGGGGUGAACAUUGGUGGUGUGGGCUCCUACCUCUACAACUCCCCCACUCCCACCCCUGCCAGCACCACACCCCUCAGCCCCAGCAGCUUUAGCCCCCCCAGGCCCAGGACUGGCCUCCCCCAGGGCAAGAAAAGCCAUCCCCACAUGAAGACAUUCACUGGAGAGACUUCACUGUGCCCUGGCUGCGAAGAACCUGUCUAUUUUGCUGAGAAGGUGAUGUCUUUGGGCAGAAAUUGGCACCGACCCUGUCUGAGGUGCCAGCGCUGCCGGAAGACCCUAACUGCUGGGAGUCAUGCUGAGGUGAACAGGCAUGACGGCGUCCCCUACUGCCACAUCCCCUGCUACGGCUACCUGUUUGGCCCCAAAGGUGUGAACAUUGGUGAUGUGGGCUGCUACAUCUAUGACCCUGUGGAGAUAAAAUCCAAAUGAGAUGCUCACAGGAGAGGUCACUCUAACUCGGACCUCACCCAUUCCCUCCAUGGUCCUACUGGAAGCUACAGAAUUCUUCAGUCCCAGAGGGGGAAGGUGGGCUUCAGGUGGCCUGGGCCUAGGCUCUACGGUAGACCAGGGGGUCUAGACAUUCUCUGCCAAUUCCUGCCUUUCCCAUUUCUAUCUGGUCAGGGGAACUAGGCUACCACAUUUUAAAGGGUAGCCUCCUGGCCUUCCCAAUCCCUUUCCCUAGCAAAUUCUAUAACUUCAAGGUACUUAUAAAAUGUGUUGAUUUUGGCUUCUCCAAUAAAAUGUUGGCUCCCAUGCCUUCAACUCU